AGUAUCUUCAGCGAAUUCAGUAGCUCGUGGUAGCUCGUGUGCUUCGUUCAUGUGUUUCUACCGAGUGGAUGUUCGUGAAAAAGAAAAAGAGAUAAUUUUAUCCUCGACUUGAUUUUUUUAUCCUUCUUCUGUUUUUUUACGGUAUACACAAUGGUGAUCUGCAAGUAUUAUCGGCAAGGCAAUUGCCGUUACGGGCAGUACUGUCAGUUUGAACACGUGAACAACUUUGGAAACAAAACCGAAUAUAACGAGGACGACAUCGCUGUAACAGUAGCCAAAGAAGUGCUUCUUGCGGAAAGAGGUGGACAAUGGCUGUUGUCAUGUUUUGGACCGCUCAGAGAUCGUCCCUGCAUCCCGGGCAUGGAGGAUCUAUCUCCGGACGAGGUUCGAUGGGAAAUGUAUCAGGCACAGAAAAAUGGAAUGGUUGAACAAGCGAAAAUACAUUUCCAACAAUUGUGCCAAGAUAUGAAGGCAAAAAGAGAGGCGUUAAAAAAUCCUACUAGAGAAACAAUCACAAUGUUGAAAAAAAUUCUAGGAAGUGGACAAAAAGGUGGGUUGAACACAAGCGUAAAUAUCUCCGGGAAAUCAUCUACUUUCUCCUUUGCAGCUCCUCAGUUGGGCUUAACCAAUAGCAUGUCCAAUAAUAAUGUCUUCGGAAGUACAACAUUUGGCGUGCAAAGUAAUAAUAAUAAUCCAUUCGGCGGAGGAUUUACCUCUUCCAGUGCGUCGUCGAUAUUCGGAAAAUCUACGAACCCCGUGUUCGGUGGCACGGCAACUUUUGGAAAUAAUCUCGGCGUAUUCGGUAAUUCUGGGACAAGUGGCCAAACCAGUUCCAUUUUCGGCGCGACAAGCACGUCGACGUCGUUCAGUGGCGCCCAAACCAACACACUUGCGUUCGGAACGGCUCAGAACAAUUCGGUUUUCGGCGGAUCGUCCCAGAACGUGUUCGGUCAGAGCAGCAAUGUGUUCGGCACGAAUCAACUUGGCAACGCGAGCUCCGGAUCGUUGUUCAGCAAUCCGUUGACCUCGCAGGCGAACACCUCUAUCUUCGGCGGAGCAACGACCACCACCGCAAGUUUGUUCGGCGGCGACACUUCAUCGACCGGUCUGCAGACAAAUUCGGUGUUCGGAGGAGCCCCGACCACCAUGUCCGGCGGAAUAUUCAGUCAACCGAAGACGUCCGCGUUCGGCGGGACUCUGGGUUUUGGUGGUGGAACCACCAGUUACGCCAGCACUUCCGGCAAUUCGAUAUUCGGAGGUAAUCAGACGUUCGGCGCCGCAUCCACGAGCAGCAUCUUCGGUGGAUCCACGCUCACCACAACACCGGCUUUCGGCGCGCCUAUCGCUACCACGUCGGCGGCUUUCGAUCUGACUCAACAACAAUCCAGCACGAACACCUUCGGAGCCACGUCCGCGCCGAACGUGUUCGGCAUGCAGAACACCGACACCUCUAUGAAUAACAAUCCGUCGUUCGGAACACCAGCAGCCACGAUCAGCAACCCCUUUGUCACGAGUUCGCAGCAGAUUAAUUCCACGAGCACCAUCUCCACGCCGUUCGCCAACACGGGUUUGUCCAUAGCGGCCGCCAACAACACGUUCGCUACCACAGGAACGUCUUCCAAUUCGAUAUUCGCGAGCGCGGCGACUACUUUUGCCACGUCAAACGCGACCGUUCCGAAGAAUUCGCCAUUCGCCGCGUCUACAUUCGGCAACGCCAGUGCUUCCUCGUCGCCGUUCGACUCGACGAAAACUAGCCUCGCCGGAACGACGCUCGCGAAUCCGUUCGCGCCGCGGACGCAACAGAUCGCCGAUUCGCCGUUCGGAAGCGUCACGCAAAAUCAAACCUCGUCUCCGUUCGGAAGAUUGUUCAACGCCCCAGCGAACGACGAUUCCGUUUACAGCGCGGAAGGCGCGCUAACGGACGAAGAGAAGGAGAUGUACCUGGCUCAACGAUUUAUUAUCGGCAAGAUACCGGUCAAACCUCCCACCAAAGAUAUGAGGUGACUCGACAACGCUGUCUGCGGGACCUGUGGGAUAAAUAGCCACACAUCGAGCGUAUUCUGUGAUAAACGUUUUUUCUUCCGUUUAAAAAAAAAUAUUCAAAGCGAGUGUUCUUCGCACAUGGCGAUUCAGUGCGCAUAAAGCGACUCUCAAUGCAGGUCACAUUUAUGCGAAUUGAAUGCGACGAUCUCAUCUCAUUGCUUGCAACUGCGUACUGUAUAAUAGUUUAUAUAAUAGUUUGACUGAUCAAAAAAUACGUGUGAUAAGUGGACGUACAAAAGUAUAUAUAUA